AUGUACGACGGUACCAAGUACUUUGCACGUUCACUUGAUUCCUAUCAUCCAUCUCAAUCGGAAGUAUCUGUGGAAACUGAUCCCAAUAACCCCAUCAAAUAUGGAAUGGUUAAAUACCCGACAUGUGAUGAAGAAUUGCUCAACACGGGAGCAACAUCGCCGCUCGGAGAAUCCGAGGACAUCGGGUCCCCGCAAACAAGUAAAGAGAAUAUUGAGGUCGAAAAGUUGAUAAGAAAGGUUCCAUACGAACCCCAAAUAAUGAUUAUUUACGAAGCCGGGGAUAUUCACAGUGCCUUGCAUUUUCUCAUUGAUUCGGCUCAGAAUCCCUUUGACAGAAAUGCAAUUGCCAUGGUGUUCAUAGAGGAGAAGAUUAUCGAGGAGGUUGUUCAACAAAUUCUCAGCAAAUUAAAACCACUCUCAGACUUUGCGACACAACACCACAAUUUCUGGGACAGUGUUGAAUAUAUAAAGACAGAAGAACUAAAGAGUGUCACUGUUAAUGAUGAUGAGAAAACUUUCCCGGUUUUUGUGUACGACAUCACCCACGAAAAGCUGGGAAAUGAACAAACUGGGGUCAUAACCCUGCAUUCUUUCACCAAAAACGAGGAGAUCAUCGAAAAGUACGAGAAGGAAACUCUGUCCUUCAAGUCGGUCUGCUCGUGGAACGAAACCCUCGACGGAGUCUACGAAAUUGUAGCUGCAUUCAAGUGUCCUUAUUUCUACAUCAACUGCUGCAAUGUGAACUUGGGCCCGAUUCAGAACUCACUUAAUGCUGGAAAAAAUGAUGUGGUCUUCGAAGACGGAUUCCACUACGAAACUAUAACCAUAUACACGCUCUUCAAGCUCAUUGUAUUUCCGAUUGGAGAUGCAAUUGUGGCCAAGCCCUCGGCUUCCGCCAAAGAGGUAGAACCCAUCAGCUUCUUGGAGCCGUGA